GUGCGUGACGUAGGAGGAAGAAGCCGCCAUUAGGGGCAGCGGGGCCGCGGCCGCCGGGCAGGUUCGGUUGCCGUGUUCCUCUCCGGUCUCUGUCUCCGCGGCCUCGCCGGUGCCUCCCCUUCCCGCCGGCCCCUCUCCCCCGCGGGCCCUCGUCCCGGUGGGCGGCGGCGGCGCCGCGGUGCGGCCCGUUGAUGUGAGGCGCGGCUCGGCGGCGGGGCGCGGAUGGCGGCGGGGGCCGGCGCGGCGGCCGGGGGCCGCAGCUUCUCCUUCAAGGUGGUGCUGCUCGGGGAGGGCUGCGUGGGGAAAACCUCGCUGGUGCUGCGCUACUGCGAGAACAAGUUCAACGACAAGCACAUCACCACGCUGCAGGCAUCUUUUCUUACGAAGAAACUAAAUAUUGGUGGGAAAAGAGUAAACCUUGCAAUAUGGGAUACAGCUGGUCAAGAACGAUUUCACGCAUUGGGGCCUAUCUACUACAGGGACUCUAAUGGCGCUAUUCUAGUAUAUGAUAUAACAGAUGAAGACUCUUUUCAAAAGGUAAAAAACUGGGUUAAGGAAUUAAGAAAAAUGUUGGGAAAUGAAAUCUGUUUAUGUAUAGUAGGUAACAAAAUAGACUUGGAAAAAGAGAGACAUGUUUCAGUGCAAGAAGCAGAAAUGUAUGCUGAGUCUGUUGGAGCAAAACAUUAUCAUACGUCAGCUAAACAGAACAAAGGAAUUGAAGAACUGUUUCUUGACCUUUGCAAAAGAAUGAUAGAAACUGCUCAAGUGGAUGAAAGAGCAAGAGGCAAUGGCUCCAGUCAGUCGGGAAUAGCAAGGCGAGGUGUACAGAUCAUUGAUGAUGAGCCACAAGUACAGAGCAGUGGAGGGUGCUGUUCUUCUGGAUAAUUAUAAAACUGUGCAUCACUGCCCUCUCAAUAUGAAGACUGCCAUAUUCCAAGUCACACAUUCUUUACCAAUGGAGUAAUAGAAUUAACAGUAUUUAAAAAUAAUCACAUGUAACACUGCAGAGACCUUAAGUGCUAAACUAGUGGCGUCUGUGACCAGAGAAUUGGCGUUUUCUACAGUGGUUAACAAAGCAAUUACCAAUGGCCUUUUUACAUAUUUUUCUUUAAUAAGGAAUAAUAUGCAUGUAGAAAAGACCUACUUAAAGGCUUCAUUUAUAUUCUUUUAAAUCAGAUCAUUAUUUAAUAACUUAUAUACAUUGUUGUUGGAAUGGUAUACGUUUUUGCAGCUCUUUGUACUUUGUGGUAGAUGGAAUUGUAUCACUUCUAAAAUGCAAAUUGAUUUUUUUUAAAUUAGCAGAUAUCUGAAUUAAUAUUUUUGCAGGGCCUCCACAAGCCUAUAACUCAACUACUUUGAUAUAUUCUGUUCAUCUGUAUGCCAAGCUGAUAAAAUACAUUGUAAAUUACAUAUUAAAUAUUUUAUCUGCUUUUACAGUUGCAGGUGCAGAAAUAUGUACAUCAGUCUUGUCUGUGAUUGUGAAGUGAAUAAGUCAGUGAAAGAUGCAAGCUUUUCAUGUGCACUGUUAAAUUGCUCAUUCUAUUCCCCUACCUGAAAACAGCUUUGUUUUGGGUACAUCCAUAGCUACAGCAAUUCUUUAAUCCAUUUCUGGCAAGCAGCAGUAUUUAGAGUAUCCCCUUACUGGAAGAAAAUGCUUCUGUAAACUGCUGUUUAACAUUGAGGUUUGUUUGACUUGCAGCUAAAGCAGCUGGUGCAUGCACAUACCUUGCCUCUGCAGUUACUUUGUUCUCUCAGAAGAACCCCAGAAAGUCAAAGCAACUUCAGCCCUCAUCUAUCUGGUAGCCAGUAAACCAGAUGCAUGGGAAACUCUUUAGCUGCUCCAAUACAUUUGUUUCCAAAGACAGCAUUAUAAACUAUUCAUGAGCAUUUUUUUUUCCCUGUAGGGCUUGAGUGAACAAUUAAUUGGCAUUAACUAGAAUUUCUAAUUUGGAGUGAUUAAAUUGAAGAUGUGAAACUUGCCAGAUGUAGCUAUAACUAAGGGGACUUGAGGCAGAAUUGAACUUAUUCCCAACUUGCUCUUUCUCCUGUAAAGUGUUUUGAAAAAGCCCAUUUAAGUUUUAGGAGGAGGGUUUCAGAAAAAAAUGUGUAAACUACUAUCACAAAAGAACACAAGUGGUGGUAGCUGAAACUUCAAAAUAUUUUGUGCUCUGAUUUUUUUUUUUACUUAAGUUGUCAUGCUUGGAAAAACAGUAAAGGUGAUGUCUAUGACAAAGUAGAAUAUCCUUGGCCUUCCUUUUUCUGAAAGGUAGAUUUAGUAUUGCAUAUGAAUGCACUGAAUGGUGUGGGUAUGGUCUGAUACACAAAAAAGUAGUACUAAUGAAUUCGUCUGUAUAAGAAGUGUGCUGUCUUCAAUCUGAUUUUUAUUUUCUCUGAAAUAAUAGAGGGCUUUGAUACCGACUGAUCAUGGUGCAUUUUCUCCUUUUCUGCCUUAACUGUGGUGUAGAUACUUUUUCUUAGACUACCAUUACUGUACUGUUCUGAUGUGUUUGUGUGCAUGAUGGAGAAAGGUGUCUGUUGUGCUAGUGAAGAUAAAGUUUCUUGGCUGUGCAGAGCUUUGGUGUGAACCUAAAAUCUGUGAUUUUAUGUGUCAACAUGUAGCAACACUGUUACCUUUCACAUAUCUAAAAACAGUGAGCUCUGACAAAGUUGAAAAUCAGAUCGGUUUGAUCUAACACUGGUAUCUGACAAUCAGCCUUGUAAGUGAUACAAUAGAUGAAGAGUGAAAUUGCCAAGUCUUGAUGUUCAAGAAUGGAAUUGCCUCAGUUUAAGGUUUUUUGAUUCAAAUUUAAUUUUUUUCCAUCUCUGCAAACAAAACCCCAAACAGCCCAACUUCAACUCGACUUAGUUGAAGCAGUGUGUAGAAUGUAUCUUUCUGCCUGCAGCUAAAGAGUUUUUAGUGUAUUGUGUGGUAGGGGCAUCCCAUGUGACUUCUGUCAAUUACAAAACUAAGGCAUGUUGAUACUAGCUCAUAAGUCUCUUACGGAAUUAAAACUAUUACUACUGAAAACCUAGGUGGGGAUAAAGAAGUCUGCAAUUUUGUAAUACUACAAGGGUUCUGCUUGCUAUUAGUGAAAUAUUUUUAAAAUAAAUUCUGAAGUUACUUUUCUUACUUAAGUUACAACAUAAAUAUUCACUGGAAACCUUCCUGUCUAAGCUGUGGUUUGGUUGGACUUGAUUUAUGGAACUUAAAACCUGUGUUUGCAGGGUAUCAUUAUAUAACUGGACAAAAGUAUAGCUUUGUGAAGUCAGGGAAGCUGGUUGAAGACAGAAGUGAAAACAUUAAUUGUUUAGACUGAUUUACAUAAGACUUCAGCUUUUCAUUGUUAGCAGACAAAAUACAACAGUUGCAGGAAAAAGCAUCUUUGUCAAAGAUAGCAAGAAUGUUUUUUGCUCUUGAUAUACAGAAAAGCACAAAUAGCUUGGUUUUCUAUAUUUGAGCAGGAUCUUACUCAAGUAACUUGGCAUUACUAGUAUGUGACUUGCUUUUCAAGCGUCUUGAAUUUUGCAAUUGAUCUAGAUUGCCUGGUUUGUGCUUCUGAAGGAGAACUGUUUUCUUAUUGCUGAUUUUUGUGGCUGUAAACAAGUAAGCUAUUUUUCAUUCUUCUGAGAAGUGAAAGAGAACAAGGCUGGCUGUCUUUAGGAAGUACCUCUGUUGUGGGGCAGAUAGCCAGACACCCACUAUAGCAUGUGUAAAUCAACACUGAGCACACUUCCUCAGGGUGUAUCUUGACAGAGAUUACUCACAUACAUACUAAAAUAAAAUGGUAGCACUUUGUACAAUACCUUUCUAAAACAACUUUCAAGUGCUUGCUCACAGUCUUGAUGCUGCUACUAUGAAUACAUGAGCUGCCUAUGAAACUUUAUCACUUGCUGAAAUAAAAUCCAACAAGCCAAAGUCCAA